AUGAGCACUUUAACUACAUCCUCCCCCACACAAACCUUCCAAUAUGAUCAAAAAACAAAAGAAUCAUAUCCAUUGUUUCAACUUAAUAAUAGCCAUCCAAUUAAUAAACCAAGAGUAUCAUAUCAUUUUAACGGAAAUGUUUCUCGUUACCACUAUGGUGUAAAACACCCAAUGAAACCAUUUAGAUUAAUGUUAACAGAUCAUUUAGUUAGUAGCUACGGUUUGCACAAAAUCAUGGAUUUAUAUGAAACAAGAAAAGCCACUAAAGAGGAACUAACUGAUUUUCAUUCUAAAGAUUAUAUAGAUUUUUUAGAGAAAGUCACUCCUGAAAAUACAAAUAAAUUUCCUCGGGGAACACUAGAUACUUUUAAUAUUGGUGAUGAUUGUCCCAUUUUCCAGGGCCUAUAUGAUUACUCUGCCUAUUAUGCGGGCGCAUCCUUGGAUGCAAGUAGAAAACUAAUUAAUGGUCAAUCUGAUAUUGCGAUUAAUUGGUCUGGUGGUCUACAUCAUGCUAAAAAAUCACAGCCCUCAGGGUUUUGCUAUGUAAACGAUAUUGUUUUGGCUGCUUUAAACUUACUUAGAUUCCAUCCACGAUUACUUUACAUCGAUAUCGAUCUACAUCACGGGGAUGGGGUCCAAGAAGCCUUUUAUACCACAGAUCGUGUUUUCACCGUAUCCUUUCAUAAAUAUAAUAAAGAACUGUUUUUCCCCGGUACUGGUGAUGUUGACGAGGAUGGAAUUGAUAGAGGGAAGCAUUACGCUUUGAAUGUUCCAUUGCAAGAUGGAAUUGACGACGACUCGUACAUUAAUUUAUUUAAAAGCAUCAUUGAGCCUCUAAUUACCUCUUAUAGGCCAACUUGUAUUAUUUUGCAAUGUGGUGCAGAUUCCUUGGGCCAUGAUAGGUUAGGUGCAUUUAAUAUUAAUAUCAAAGCACAUGGAGAAUGCGCCCGGUUUGUCAAAUCCUUUGGAUUGCCCAUGCUAGUUGUUGGUGGUGGUGGCUAUACUCCUAAAAAUGUGUCGAGGUUAUGGACUUAUGAAACUGGCAUAAUGAAUGAUGUUCUAUUAAAUAAUGAAUUGCCACAUGGAAUUCCCUUCAGAGAGAAUUUUGGGCCUGAUUACUCAUUGAAUCCAGUAUUGGAUGAUUUAUAUGAAAAUAAGAAUCCAAAAAAAUAUUUGGAAGAUAUUAGAAUACGAUGCUUGGAAAAUAUUAGAUAUUUACAAGACGCUCCAAGUGUGAGAAUGGAUGCCGAUAUUAUUCCUACCAGAGAUAUUACGGGGCUAACUCAAGACGAAGAACAAUUGAUCAAGGAGUGGAAUGAAGAGGAUGAAAGGUUCAAAUCAAUGGAAAAAGAUAAGACUCGGGUCGGAGAAUAUUACGAUUAA